UUGUGGCAAGAACGGACAGCAGCAUCCUUCAAUAAAUCUGCUCAUAUUCUUCGCGUGGAUAGGAGUGGAGCGAAAAGUGGAAAAGCGCGUGCUGCACCGGUUUCUUACAUCGUUUAUUUUGUUUGAAAGUGGACUACUGGCGAAAGUUUUACUUUUCGUUUUCCUUUCAUAGACUUGACUAGAAAGUGUUUGUGACAGGAAGAGAUAUUCUCGAUGGGAGGUACCCGCAACUUUUUUUUUUACAGAGACCCAGCAUGCAUGUCCAUGCUCCGCUUCACUGAGUGACAUAGACUAGUACACUUGGUUAUUUAGAAUGGUUCCUACUGUACUUGAGUAAUUGGAAUAUCUGACAUUAUCCGUGCAUUGGAACAUUGGAGGACAACGGUACAUCAAUCUUAAUCCCUCUCUCAAGCAAAUACAUUGCCAGGUGUUCCAGCUAAACAACUAUUUGCCAUGUCUGGGAAUGCACCGUCCACUUCUGCCCGAGAGAAACCGAAAGAGGAGCAGACUGUGACUUCAAGUUUGAAACCUCCAGGUACGAGCCAGAGUAGGUUCCAGGUGGACGUGGUUGCUGAGGCAGCAGCCGCAUCCGCGUCUGCUGCGGACAAGAGCAAAAGACAUUCGUCUGAAAAACCUCCCGCUUUAAGUAAACCCGACAGGCAGCCAAGCGAGGAGUCAAAGGGUAGAUUUAGGGUGGUGAACUUUGUGGAUCCCAGCGGGGUCGAGAUUCCCGCGGAUUCGGCGCCUGAUGGGGUUCAGAGUGGAGACACGAUCAAGAGCGAGGGGAGCUUGCACUCAUCCACCGGAGGAACGCAUCACUAUUACUACGACACCCACACAAACACCUAUUACCUGAGGACUUUUGGCCACAACACAAUCGACGCAGUCCCUAACAUUGAUUACUAUCGGCAAACCGUAGCACCACUCGGAGAGAAGUUGAUUAGACCCACUCUCUCGGAGCUACACGAUGAGCUUGAUAAGGAACCCUUCGACGAGGGCUUCGCUAACGGGGAAGAGCUGACGCCCGCUGACGAGGCCACCGCGACGGAGGCCGCCGAGUCGAAGGGCGUGGUGAAGUUCGGGUGGAUCAAAGGUGUCUUGGUACGCUGCAUGUUGAACAUAUGGGGUGUCAUGCUCUUCAUCCGUAUGACCUGGAUCGUGGGCCAAGCAGGCAUUGCUCUCUCGUGUUUGAUUGUUCUCAUGGCCAUGGUUGUAACCACCAUCACUGGACUCUCCACCUCAGCAAUAGCAACCAAUGGAUUUGUGAGAGGGGGUGGUGCAUAUUAUUUAAUAUCUCGAAGUCUGGGCCCAGAGUUUGGUGGGUCCAUUGGUCUGAUCUUUGCCUUCGCCAAUGCUGUGGCUGUCUCCAUGUACGUGGUGGGCUUCGCGGAAACCGUUGUGGAACUUCUGAGUACUAUAGAUGCCCACAUGACGGAUGAGCUCAAUGAUAUCAGGAUAGUAGGGACCCUCACCAUCAUCCUCCUCCUGGGCAUCUCUGUUGCAGGGAUGGAGUGGGAAGCUAAGGCUCAGAUCUUCCUGUUAGUCAUCCUCAUAGGCGCCAUCUUCAACUACUUCAUUGGAGCCUUCAUCCCCAUGGAAGCCAAAAAGCCAUUGGGCUUCUUUGGCUACAAAGCGGACAUUUUGAUUGAGAAUAUGGUUCCCGACUUCCGCGAUGGGGAGACCUUCUUCUCGGUUUUCGCCAUCUUCUUCCCAGCAGCGACGGGCAUUCUGGCCGGGGCCAACAUCUCAGGAGACCUCACAGACCCGCAGUCAGCCAUUCCAAAGGGAACUCUUUUAGCCAUCCUCAUAACUGGAGUUGUUUACCUGGGAGUUGCAUUUAGUGCAGGUGGCUGCAUUCUGCGGGAUGCCUCGGGAAGCAGCAAUGACACCAUCACUAGCCAGUCUAUGAACUGUACGGACGCGGCCUGUAAGCUAGGCUAUGACUUCUCCUCUUGCAAGGCCGCUAUGAACUGCAAGUUUGGGCUCCACAACGACUUCCAGGUCAUGAGCGAGGUGUCUGGGUUUGGGCCCCUCAUCACAGCGGGUGUUUUCUCUGCAACUCUGUCCUCUGCCCUGGCUUCACUGGUCAGUGCCCCCAAAGUAUUUCAGGCUUUGUGCAAAGACAAUAUCUACCCUGGCCUGGGCGUGUUUGCCAAGGGCUACGGGAAGAACAACGAGCCCCUGCGUGGCUAUGUCCUCACCUUCUUCAUCGGGCUGGCCUUCAUUCUGAUCGCGGAUUUGAACAUCAUUGCUCCCAUCAUCUCAAACUUCUUCCUGGCAUCUUACGCUUUGAUCAAUUUCUCAGUGUUCCAUGCCUCUAUGGCCAACUCUCCAGGAUGGCGUCCCAGCUUCAAGUACUACAACAUGUGGGUGUCAUUGGCGGGGGCUGUGCUGUGCUGCGUGGUCAUGUUCGUGAUUAACUGGUGGGCGGCGCUCCUGACCAAUGUCAUCGUCAUGGCACUCUAUAUUUAUGUCAGCUACAAGAAACCAGAUGUGAACUGGGGCUCCUCCAUGCAAGCUCUGACAUACCAUCAAGCUUUGACUCACUGUCUGCAGCUGACUGGUGUGGAAGACCACAUCAAGAACUUCAGACCCCAGUGUCUGCUGUUGAUCGGUUACCCCAACUCUCGCCCUGCCUUGCUCAACCUGGUCCAGGCCUUCACAAAGAACAUGGGUCUGAUGGUCUGUGGGCAUGUCCGCACGUUUACACGUAGGCCAAGCUUCAAAGACCUAGCAAAUGACCAGGCACGCUACCAACGUUGGCUGCUGAAGAACAAGACCAAGGCCUUUUAUACACCUGUGUUUGCUGAGGACCUGAGACAGGGUACCCAGUACCUGCUCCAGGCCUCUGGUCUAGGCCGCUUGAGGCCCAACACGCUGGUCAUAGGCUUCAAAAACAACUGGAGGGAUGGAGAGAUGAAAGAUGUCGAGACCUACAUCAACAUCAUCCAUGAUGCAUUCGACUUCCAGUAUGGUGCCGUUAUCCUCAGGCUGAAAGAAGGACUUGACAUUUCACAUAUUCAAGAUGAAUUCAUGUCCUCCCAGGAGAAGGGCGCAGGAAUGAAGGAUAUUGUGGUGUCCUUUGACUUGUCCAAAGAAUCGGACGGUGACUCAUCCAAAACCUCCUCCAGAAUCUCCACAGCCCAAAGUAGCCCCAUCAUUCACAAAGACUCCGAUAACAACCAUAACGCCAGGACGCCCACUCAACCACUGCUGCAAAAAGAGAAAAAGGGUCCCCCUGUGGCACUGAGCCCAGCGGAUCAGAGGCUGCUGGAGGCCAGUCAGCAGUUCCAGAAGAAGCAGGGCAAGGGCACCGUGGACGUGUGGUGGCUCUUCGAUGACGGCGGCUUGACUUUACUCAUUCCAUAUCUGUUAAUAAACAAGAAGAAAUGGAAGGACUGCAAGAUCCGGGUGUUUAUCGGCGGGAAGAUCAACAGGAUUGACCACGACCGCAGAGCAAUGGCAGCUCUGCUCAGCAAGUUCCGGAUAGGCUUUUCUGACCUCACUGUCCUUGGGGAUAUCAACACCAAGCCAAAGAAAGAAAACAUCGCUGCCUUCGAGGAGAUGAUCGAGCCCUACAAGCUGAAGGAGGACGACAUGGAGCAGGAGGCGGCCGAGACGCUGAAGGCCGAGGAGCCGUGGAGGAUCACCGACAACGAGCUGGAGCUCUACAGAGCCAAGACUAACCGGCAGAUCCGACUCAACGAACUGCUGAAGGAGCACUCAAGCACAGCCAACCUCAUCGUCAUGAGCAUGCCCUUAGCCAGGAAGGGAGCGGUGUCCAGUGCCCUGUACAUGUCCUGGCUGGAGGCCCUGUCCAAAGACCUGCCCCCCAUCCUCCUGGUGAGAGGGAACCACCAGAGCGUGCUCACCUUCUACUCCUGAAGCCUCCACCACCUCGAGCACUGCUGCUCCACACCUUACACGCUUUCACCAGACGAAGGAGUGGAAAUGACCAACUGUUAAGAUAAUGAUAGUCAUCGUAGAGAUAAUAAAGUGUAAGUCUAAUUAUUAAUAGAAUUAUGCACCGGCAACACAAACUGCCCCUGUCUUGAGCAAAGUUCCUCUCUACUGUAGAUGCUGACAUACUGUAAAUGCAUGUCGACAACGACCAACAAUAGACGUAUCUUAUUUGUACAAGUGAAUCUUUUAUCAAUUUGUUUUCCUGGCUUAUCUAAUGUAACUUUUGUUAUUACUGUUGGGUUAUUAAUAGUGUUGCUCAGUUCUGAAUAAUCACCAGCUUUCCUUUAUAAAGGAUAAAGGGAGAAUCAUUUUUUUCAAUUUAUUGUGUUUGAGUAAAAUGGGUAAGAAGAAAUAAUUGAAUGUGUUCAGCUUAGGACUCUUAAGUUAUUUCAAUUAUAAUAUAAUAUUGUAAUAUUGACAAUAUUUAAUAAGAAACUAUUAUUUGAGUCUGUGGCAACUUUUGGGUUUUCAUCGCCUUUAAGCAUGCUUUCCAUUUUCUAACCUUUUUCUUUAAGGUUUGCCUGUUCAUAGCCAAUAUAUGUUUUCCUACUCUAUGAGUAGUUAACUUUGAAAAUGAAAAAUAAACCAAUAAAUUAAAACUAAAAUAGUUUGCACUGUGAUUGUUUGAUAACCUGUAAAUUACUUAUAAUAUGCGGUGAAUUAAGCAAAUGGUAAGUAAUGACAGAUUAAUGAUUUGAAGACCACUGUUUUGAGCUUUUCUAUUAUUUUGAACUGUAGAUGUUUGUUUUUAUUUAUUUAUUUAUUUUUACUUAUAAAUGUAUCAUAUAUAAUUAUAUUAAUUUUAAUAUGCAUGUUGAUUUAACAUUGAAAGGAUUUCUCAUACAUUGUGUGUGUGUGUGUGUGUGUGUAUGUGUGAGUGCAUGCGUGCGUGUUUGUGUGUGUGUGUCAGCUACACUAUUAAAAUGUUUUUUUGUUUUUUUUCUUGGAACAUUUUAACUUUUGUCGCCAGAACUUUGUAUAUUCUUAUUAUAAUAAAUAAAAACAAAUGGAAUUAAGAA